AACACAUAUCCAAUUGAUAUUGGAUAAAACGGCGAGUCUUGGGAAUUUCCUUCUAUAGAUAUGGGACAAAUUCGGUACAAUAGCUCAUUAUCAUAUCUCCGAUUGGGCAUCGAUGGGAACCUACGACUCUACACGUACCGUGCAGAUGUGAUACGAAACGCAUGGAGCUUGUUGUACACUAUGUUUGAUAAGCGUGAGGACGAGGGUGGGAUGACAUUUGAAGACGAGUGUCACUUACCCAAUCGGUGUGGGAAGUUCGGGCUUUGUGAGGACAGCCAGUGUGUUGGAUGCCCGACACCAAAUGGGGUCUUUGCGUGGAGCAAAGAUUGUGACACCAAGUCACCGGGUUGUAAGGCGAGUGGAUUUAAAUACUAUGAAGUCAAAGGGGUCGACCAUUUCACAGUUAAGUAUACCGGCGGGACUGGACCAGUGAAACGUAGCGAUUGCGAGAGCAAAUGCACGAAGGAUUGCAAGUGCAUGGGAUAUUUCUAUCAUACGGAUAGGUCGAGGUGUUGGAUUGCUUACGAGUUGAAAACAUUGACGAGGGUUGGGAACUCGACUAGUUCUGCAUACAUCAAAAUACCCAUCUCCUAGCCUUCGGUUAGGUUCUACUUGUUUGUUGGGAAUAACGAAGAUUUUAGAUUGUUACUCUUUCUGAAAUUUUAAGCUUCGAUUGUCUUUCCUUUUUGUUGAAACGAAAUGCUUGUUUCGAAUUAUUAGAAAAAGUAUAAAUAAUAAAAGUAUGUAUUUCAUUUUU